ACAUGUUCCGACAAAUCUCCGUCAGCCCAUUCACGUUUGGGGUACACCUGGUAUAAAAGGAUCGCUGGGCUUCUGCAGACGCAGAUCUUUCUGUUUUAGAUCGUGUUCUAAAGGAACAAUCAUGAAAAUCCUUAUUGUCCUCGCUCUUGCGGUUGCAGCCAACGCCGGAGUCCUCCUCUCCUCGGGCCACUCUACCCAGCAUCGCUCGGAGGAUGGCCUUGGCAACUACGCUUUCAGCUACGACGAGAAGCACUCGACCGGCGGAUCUUUUCGUCAAGAGACUGGCUCGCUUGGCGUAAAAGCCGGAUCCUAUGGACUCACCGAUAUCGACGGACGCGCUCGUACCGUGCACUACGUCGCUGAUGGCGCUGGAUUCCGUGCUAACAUCGCCACCAACGAGCCCGGAACUGCUCUGUCGCUGCCUGCAGCAGCUACAUACAACACUGCCCCUGCUCUUGCUGUAGCUGCCGCUCCCGUCGUGACCGCCCCCGCAUAUCCGGCUUCCGUGGCUCCCGCUACGUACGUUGCUCCCGUUACCGUAGCAAAGGCCACCUCGUAUUCGACCGCAGUCCAGCACGGAGCUAUUCACGCGGCUCCCGUAGCUGUGGCCGCCCCCGCCGUGGUCGACUAUGCUGUCCCCGCUGCGAUUGCAGCUUCCGCUGAGGCCAAGAUUCCCGUUCCCGCAGUAUAAGCAGCCGACGUGUUCACGCCAUUGGGUACCAUCGGUCACGGAGUCUAUGGGUACGCAUAUAACCACGCUACCCGGGCCUUCUAAAUUAUUCCCUAUUCCUGUAAAAGCUCGUCACACGAAUAACAAUAUGUACCCUAUGUCUCUGCCAUUUGUAUAUAUCCAAGCAGGUAUAUUUGGCAUUGGCCAUGACUACAGGGUCUAAUUGAAGGCAUUCAUUAAAAUUAAUAAAUGUUCACCUUUAUAUAUAAACAUCCAUAUGUAAACAAAAGACAUUCCUUUUGUUGUUAUGAUUCCAAGCUGAUAUUUUUUUCUAAUGAGGGGGUGGCGGUGAAAUAGGAUCGAGUCCGGCAGAGGCAAUUUCUCACAGUUUGUGCACCGAGCAGCCUUAAAGACAACAUUCAUGUUGCCCAUACACUUCAUAUAUGUCGGCUACUGACUGAAGAAAUUAACGUUUCGCUGAAGCGUUCAAGUUAAGAUGAAUCUAGAACUAUUUAUGGACAGAAGAUAGUACCAGAAGUGUUGUCGUGUCAGAAGUGCUGCAGGGAAGUGUACCUUUUAGAAUGAACGCCGCUGAUCUGUUUCUAGUUUUUAUUGUUUGAGCGUGCUGACCUAGCGCACUAGAAAAAAGCCUUCGUUGUAAAGCUGUCACGAUAGCGCCUUCGAAACCUCUAUUUUGGCUUCCCGGCCUGUGGGAGAACCUAUCGAUGGGCAAAACGAUAAAUUUUGUUUGCGAUAUUUUUCCACGGGACCUUUCCAUACGGCCAGAUCAGGUAUCCCUGUCGCGUUGCGAGCGCAUCGGUUUGUUGAGAAAACGGAAUCGCGACUAGGUUAGAACAAGUCUGAAGCUUCGGCUAUACAAAGGGGUCUAUAAAUAGUAUCAGUAAUGCCUACGAAAUAUUUUCACAUCUGCAUAUAGUAGAUUUCGUUUGCUCUAAGACCUAGAUUCAUUAUUCCUUACGCGGUUCGCAAUAGAAACUGAUGUCCAUUGUGUUGGAACGCUUGCUCACCGCCUGACGUUCCAAUUCGGUAUUUAUUAACUCUGCAUAAUUUAGAAAAAUCUCUGCUUUCCCAUGCGAGUAGGAUCAGCAAACAAUUUUUUCAGCGAAUAGACAACUCGUAUGUCUAUUUACUGACUGUAAAUGGUAGUCUCUCGUAUGCAAAGCUACAAAUUAGGAUGUUUAAGCAGCUUCGAAAAAAAUAUAUAGUGGACAUCUCAGUAACCCAUCUAUUUAUAGAUUAUUCUUAUUACUUAACUUGUACAGUUAAAUUAUUUCCAGAAGAUUUAAAUGCUUUUAUAUCAUGCUAAUGAUGAUAUAAGCGAAUGGAUGCUAAUUACUUAAAAAUACCCAGGGUUGUCAAAAUGUCUGUAGCUAUAAUAGAACUUUCUUUGUUUUGGUGUA